ACGAGGUUAAUGAGUUUUUUAUACUCAUUCAAUAAUUUUUUAUAAAGUUUUGUUGUUCUUCUGACAACAUUAACCUAAUAUUAAAAACGUAAAUAUUAUUUUAACAUGAAUCGACGUUCUGAAAAAGUGAAAAAGAUAAGAUAUUGGGCUGCAUGUGUUGUCCAAGAAAAUGGCACAGAGUGGAAAACCAUUGUGCCCUGCCCAUGGGUUGAUACUUUAAAUCAGCAAAUCUUCUGGCCACUAAAUGAAUCUAAGUCUUUAGAUUUCUAUUUUAAACAACAUGAAUCGCCUGAGCUUACUUGGGUGACAUACCCAAUAGUGGAGUUUUUGCUUCACCAAGGCACUCACGAGGAAGCACAGGAGUUGGUUGAUUUUGCAACUACAGCUAAGAAUGUUUCAUCUUCUGAUGAUGGCAACGCAUUGCCAAAGAAACACACUCGGACUUUAAGUCCAGUUUUAGAAGUUAAGAAAUCAUACAAUAAGAAAGAGUCUUCUACUAAUGUAAAUUUAGAUAGAAAACACUUCAGAGAAGAGAAUCUUCCUGUCUUUGUAUCAUCAUCUUCUUUUUUAAGUUCAUCUAUGCAAAAAAUUAAGUAUACUAAUUCAAAGCAAGACAAAGAUAAAAAAGCAGCACACCCACACACCACACACCCUGCUUUAAUUGUAUCACCAUCUUCUGGUGGAACUAACAGAGAAGAACUUUUAGAAACCUCUCCUCUUUCAUGCUCUGCUAGCAAAAGUAGAUCAUCUCGUAAAACAUCCUUAAUUACUUUUGCUGAUGGUGGAGCCGGAUUCAAGGAGAUGACAAAUAAACAGUUUCAGUAUGUUAUGUUAAUGAAAAUGGAACAAUUAGAGGAUAACCAAAUCCAGAUUACAAAUUCAUUAGCAUCUCUAGUUGAUGGUGGUAAUGGUGAUGCAAGUGUUGUAGUGGAAGACAUGCAACCUAUGCUAUCAAUUGAAGAGUUCGACAUAGAGGAAAUAAAACUUCAAAAUAAAACAUACCGAGAUAAAAAGAAAAUAGCUAUAAAGACACUAGGAGGUAAGGAUUUGCGAGCAUCUGUAAGGCUUGCAUUAGAUGCUUUGAUGGCUCGUGACGUCCAAAACCUAUAUCCAAAACCUAGCAAGGAUGGAAUAUCCGGGAAAAAAGCAUUUUCAAAGACAAUGCAUUAUCGUUGCUUGCUCGGAGCGUUUCUGGAUCCUACAAAAAAAUUUACAAAGGAUAUAAUUGAUUUUAAUGUUGGAGACUUGCUCAAAAGAGCGAAGAUUCGAAAUAAAGCUGACAGUUUUAACAAAGAGAAUAAACAACCUAAUAAUUAAUGUUAUUUUGUUUUAAGAUUUUUGCGAAUAAAUAUUAAUAUAAUAUUA